AUGCAUCGGCAUCAUCAUCGCCACCAAAAUUUCCUAGCACCAGAAAAAUCUCAUUGUCCCACAACUGUUGCUCGAAGAAUUUGCCCACAUCCCAUGGACAAGACUCAAAAUCUUCGUCCAAAAAACAAAGGAUCAGGUGGAAUUUCGGGAUCCCAGAAAUAUUCUCCAGCGAGACACAAAUCCGGCAACGAAUACGGUUCCGGAAACAAACUCUCAAGCGACUCUUCUCUGAUUGACGACUUUCUCUCCGGCGAUAGCUCGAUUAGUUCAGUCUCGAGCUCUGUUUUAUACUCUGUCUCUGGAUCGUUAGCGUUGAAUCGAAGAACAGAGGUCGGAGAAUGGGGGCUCUGGCGAGAGUCUUUCCCGGAAUCGCAGUUGGAAACCGUUUCUAGAUAG